AUGGCCCCAUUCAACCCCGAGAAAUGGAUAGAACAACUACGACAAUGCCAGCACUUGCCGGAGGAAUCAAUGAAAACGCUGUGCGAUAGAGUCCGGAGCCUGCUGAUGGAAGAAUCGACAAUCCGACCAGUAUGCAGUCCGGUCACGAUCUGUGGGGAUAUCCAUGGUCAAUUUUGGGAUUUGUUGGAGUUGCUUAGAAAAGGAGGAGACGUUCCGGAGACAAGUUAUAUUUUCAUGGGUGAUUUCGUGGAUAGAGGACAUUAUUCGUUGGAAACCGUCUCGAUGCUCCUCGUUCUCAAGGCCAAUUGGCCGGAUAAGGUGACUCUACUUAGAGGAAACCACGAAUCGCGGCAGAUAACGCAGGUGUACGGAUUUUACGACGAGUGUCAACAGAAAUACGGUUCAGCGACGGUCUGGAAAGCAUGUUGUAGUGUUUUCGACUACCUGAACCUGGCUGCCAUUAUUGAUGGGACAACGCUUUGCGUGCAUGGAGGACUCAGCCCGGAUAUUAGAACCCUAGAUCAAAUUAGAGUGUUGAGUCGGGCGCAGGAGAUUCCUCAUGAAGGACCGUUUUGCGAUUUGAUGUGGAGCGAUCCGGAAGAGUUGAUGGAGAAUUGGGCGGUUAGUCCUAGAGGUGCGGGUUGGUUGUUCGGUGGAGGGGUGACUAGAGAGUUCAACCACGUCAAUGGACUUUCGCUUAUCGCUCGGGCGCAUCAGCUCGUCCAGGAGGGGUUCAAGUAUAUGUUUGACGAACAGUUAGUAACUGUAUGGAGCGCGCCAAAUUACUGUUAUCGGUGCGGAAAUCUGGCGUCAAUUAUGACGGUGCAUGAGUCUGGCGAGAGGACAUUUGAGGUUUAUGGCCCUGCGGAAGAGAAUGCGAGGGAUAAAGGCAUGCAGACGAGGAGAAUGAAUAUGCCGUAUUUUGUAUAA